AAGCCCAGACAGAGAAUGUGACGGAUUGUCUGAUUGGUUUAUGAAACUACGGUGGGAGGAGACAUCUAGUUUCUCAUUGGUUAAGAUUUUAAAUACCCCAUCAUGAUUGGCCAGGAAGCCUCUCUCUGCUAUUGGUUGAUUCUGUAAACUCAGAAUUUGAAAAUGGGCGUUUGAACAAUCAGAGAAAACAGCUGUGGAGAAGACCGGGUCUGAAUAGUGAGUUUCUAAAACGGUUUCUCCUUUUACCCGGGUUAGAAUUUAUUACAGCAGAAAACAGCGUCUAAAGAAAAUCUACGCGGUUUGCUAUACUUGCGGAGGAGCACCCUCGUUCUAGAAUUUUUUUUUCUUACACUAAUUAAAGAAAGGGGGUUGAACUUAUUUAUUAAGCUGAGCUGUUGGACAGCUGGUGAGAGAUGUUAUCUGGAGAUGAUGGCGUGGAUCUGCAGUGCUGCGUGACGGUGGAGCAGCUCAACAGCUCCGGCCAGGCCACGCGCCGGAAGCUCAUCCGAAAAGCUGCUGUCAUUCUGGGCCGGAACGAGUUCCAGGAGAUCCUCCUCCGAGUGCACGACGGCAAACUAGCGCAGAGUUACAGACUCAAGGAGUUUCAACUCUUCACCAAGUUCGUCAGAGACGGGAAGUGCACCGUCAAACUGCUGCCCGAAAACACCCAGGUGCUCCUCUCCAACUGCCCGCCGGACCGACUGAGUCUCUUCCUGAAGACACUGAGCAUCAAGCACCAGGCAUGGCGGAGCUGCAAGCCUCUCAGUGAACGGGAGAAGCUGAAAGCCGCCCUGCCGCGCAGCUUCGAGGCCAUCAGCCCGCUGCAGCAGAAGGACAUCCAGAAGGCGAACGAGCUGCGGAGCAAGGCGUCCGGCGGCCCGGCGGACUGUACCAACCGGGCGGGGGGGAAGCAACAGGUCAAGCGGGGCAGGGGCGACACCAGCAGCAGCCCGGAGAAGACGAACCCCAACAAGAAACCAACCCUGACUCUGCCAUCGCGCAGGCUGAGCAAGGAGCAGACGGCGGUUCUCAGCGCAGUUCUUCGGGGCAAGAACGUCUUCUUCACCGGAAGUGCAGGCACGGGGAAAUCCUUCCUGCUGAAGAGGAUCAUGGGAUCUCUCCCCCCGAAGAGCACCUUCGUGACCGCCAGCACCGGCGUGGCUGCGUGUCACAUCGGAGGAACAACACUACACAACUUUGCCGGAAUUGGUUCUGGUUCUGCACCGCUGGAGCAGUGCAUUGAGCUGGCCCAGCGGCCCAGUGUGCUGCAGCACUGGACCAGCUGUCGGCACCUCAUCAUUGAUGAGAUUUCUAUGGUGGAGGCCCAGUUCUUUGACAAGCUGGAGGCUGUGGCCAGAUCAGUAAAAAGGUCCACGCAGCCGUUCGGAGGCAUUCAGCUGAUCGUCUGUGGCGACUUCCUUCAGCUGCCCCCAGUUUCUAAAGGCAAAGAAAAGGCCAGCUUCUGCUUCCAGGCCAGAUGUUGGAGGAAAGUCAUCCAGGUCAACAUGGAGCUCACAGAAGUCCGUAGACAAACAGACCAGAACUUCAUCUCCCUCCUGCAGGCAGUGAGGCUGGGCAGGGUGACUGAGGAGAUCUCAAUGAAACUGAUGACGAGUUCCUACCAUCGGAUCGAGAGGGACGGGGUUCUGGCAACGCGGCUGUGCACACACAAAGACGACGUGGAGCUGACAAACGAGGACAAACUCCAGCAGCUGCCAGGGUCGGUGCGGCUGUUUGAAGCAGUGGACAGUGAUCCGGAGCUGGUAAAGAACAUAGACGCACACAGUCCUGUCAGCAGACUGAUCCAGCUCAAAGUGGGAGCUCAGGUCAUGCUGACAAAAAACCUUGAUGUUGCCCGAGGCUUAGUGAACGGAGCUCGAGGCGUGGUGGAAGCAUUCGAGUCUGAGAAAAAGGGACUCCCACGGGUCCGAUUCCUGUGCGGCGUCACCGAGGUGCUGAGGCCAGAGCGUUGGGUGUUUAAAUCUGCCAGCGGCGUCCAUUUAAGUCGAACGCAGCUGCCGCUUAAACUGGCCUGGGCCAUCUCCAUCCACAAGAGCCAGGGCAUGACUUUGGACUGCGUAGAGAUUUCCCUGGCGCGCGUGUUCGAGAGCGGCCAGGCUUACGUGGCCUUGUCUCGGGCUCGGAGCCUGGAGGGCCUCAGGGUAAUGGACUUCAAUCCCCACGUGGUGCGGGCAGAUCCGGAUGUUCUGCUCUUCUAUAAAAAGCUGAGGAAGGAGAGGCUACUCGUGCAGGUAACACGAAGCCCGAGGGCACUGCAGAUGCAAGACACGCCCCUCAUUUUUGUCAUCACUGUGAUCUGUCGGCCUCCAUGGAUGAGUUUGUUGCAAACGAUAAAGAAAACUUCUGAAGACCUUUCUGGAGCUUUCAAUGGUAUGCACCGUGUGCAAGAGGCAUGACUUUUAAUUGACUUUUUCCGGAGUCAUACUGCCACCAUGUGUUCAUUUUUUUAGAAAUGUUAUUUUUAAUAGUUUCCUUUGUUUCCAAAUUAAAGAUUUAGUUUUAUUACAA